AUGCUAAAACUUGCUCGUGGUAGUUCUAACUUCUCCGUUUCGAGUGUUGACUACGAUCCUCCAUUAAAGCCGAAAAAGGAGGCGCAAAAACGAAAGAAUGUACACUUCGACGAUGAACAUGACAUAUUCGAAGCAGAACGGUAUACCAUGUCCACCGCUACAUUUCUUCGUCAAAAAGGCCUGGCAUGGAAUUCUUUGGCGCAAGCAUUUGGAUGCGAAGAGGACAUCAUCAAAGAUGAUGCUGUGGUCAUGAACGAACUUCUGAAUCUCUGUAGUUUCUGGGCGGACAGUGAACCUAUUUUUGAAGGUGUUGACGAACCUAGCAGUGAUGACCAGGAUUCAGACGAUGAGGACCUCGAAUGUUUGAGGCGUUUGGCCAUGUUUUCUUCAUCCGUUUCUACCGUUCCUCCAAGUAAUGCCCAUUGCAGUUCAACGAGUUCUGGGCUAAGUAGCCUCCGCCUGAAUAGUUUACUACGAUUAAGCACUCAGUGUUGUCGAUCGUCUACGAAUUCAAGCAUGGAUGUGAACCGGUUAUCAUGUGCCCCCUCCUCGGAUUCUUUACUAGGAUGUGAGCCUGUUUCUGUCAAGCCGCGGUCCAUCUGUAUGGGAGAAUUAGAAAGCGCUUUUAAGGGAAUCGUGAAUGAUGACAAUGAAGUUAGUCAAGAUCCUGUAAUAAUGUCAGCGAAAGAGAAACGAAGAAAAAGUACGAGGGAUACUGGAGUAGUUAAUGGAGCUGCUUAUGCACAUGAAACUGAAGAUACUUGGAAUUCAAUCAAAGAAGCUGUUUUGCACUCUUCCACAGGACUUGAGAGGGGAAAAACAUUGUUGCACUUUCUUCGAUCUCAAAAGGAUGAUCCCGAAGCUCGUGUGGAAGUCCAGAGUAGCAUAGACUUUCAAUUCCUCUCCCAGUUGAUGAUUUCCUACACUGGGACCACCUCUCCUGCUGAUCGUUCAAUUUUUGAGUCAUUGCUGUUACUGGAAAAUACCUACGAAGUUAAUUUAAGUGUUAUUCAUCCCAUUGUUUGGGGUGAAAAAUCGGCUGAAAUCUACUCAAAACGUGCGCAGUUCGGAGCAACAUUAAACAGAACAACUUCGGAUCAAGUCCUCGCGCUUCUGGACGGUUUACUUAUGUGGAAAACAGUUCUGAAUCACUCACGAUUGCCGCCGAAAACAGAAAAUGAUGAUGCUCCAAAAGUUUACGACGUUCGAUUUCUUCUGCGCUUGUUCUUAAGUCUGAUGCAUCCAGGUUCUGACCUAAAAUAUCGUGCUUUUGUGGAAUGCAAUGGACUGUCCUUAGUAUUUUCGUGCACUUCCUCUAAAGACUUGGUGGUCCGGAGAUUGGCUUACUGUGUUCUCCAAAGAUUUUUGUCUCUUCUACAGGAACUGGACGCUGAGACUGUUGAUGAUCGACAUAAAUAUCUUUACAUUUAUCUUCUGCGACUCUUCAAGCAGAGUGUUGAAAACGAUGCCACAAGAUUACCGCACAUGAUCUCGCACUUUUUCGCCCGUGUAUCGAAGCUAAUUUUACAUCCGGAAUCACCGGUCUUCUCCGCGGUUCUAUCAUUUCUGAGCUUGAAACCUGUGGUCGAUUUCAACAAUGUGCCUGAACUUUAUAAAUUGCUAUUGAGUUCCUCCGCCGAGCAUUAUAAGCAAGAACGGGAGUGGAUAUUAACUUUGAUAUCCGAGGGAUUAAUUGAGGCUAUGGAUUACAAUAUCCUUCAAAACAGAUCUGGCAUCAAGCUAUUGCUCUCGUUAUUCCCAACAUGCAUGGUGGACAAGGUUACGCGUCGGUUGAUACUUAAUACGCUCAAAGCUGCUGUGCAAAUGCGAUCUGUUGCUCAUGAUUUAUUCUACAGAAUGAACCUACAUUCAUGGAUUGCUUCUGUCAUUGAUAAUCCGUUACUUAGUAGCUGGGAGCAAUGUUACCUGGGACAAAUUUAUUCUAUACUUAUCGCCAGCGAACGAGAACAUUAUCGUCGCGCUUCCUCGGAAAUACUAGGACAUAAACAUGAGACUGCUCGCGCUUGUACUCGAAUCACAGCUUGUAAAAUCUUAUCAACUAUGGAAUCUUUGAAGGACAUGCCAACUGCCUUGGAAAAUCUUCGGUCCAUACGGUCGGUAAUCGACAUGAAGUGGCGACCAAAACGAAGGAAAAUCUUACAUGCUGAGGAAGUUGAAGAUCGCUUGUGA